ACAAUUGAAACAUUCUGAUGAUGUGAGUGAAAUCCUUAUAUAAAUCAUCUUGUUCUUCCUUUUUUUAUUUAUUUGUUUAGAAAACUAAAAGAAUAUUAUGUAUGUGUGUAGUUCGGCUAUAAAACUGAAUGUAAAAAUAAUAACUCAGCCAACACUAGAAUUUUUGGAACCAAAUCUACAGCUCAGAAGAGAGCUUACAUUUUUAGCAUUAGCUUAGCAUUUUUAUUUGAUAUUCACACAUGCAACACUGAACUGGGACAAACAUUUCAACGCGGGCAAUAAAACUUCAACAAGGGGACAACAAAAGGAGAGAAAAAGCUGCUGGCCUUCACUGACUAACCACAAACACAAGUUACAUUAAUCACAGACACACCUCCAGAUAAAAAAUGACUGGAGAGGAGGAGAACUGUUGCAACACUUAGGUUUUAUGGUCUACAUGAGAAAUGACUGUGGUUUUACCUUUUCUCAGCCUUUUGCCUGUUUGGUCCGGUUUGACUAGUUCUGGGCUUAUUAGCUACAGGAGAGGUGACAGAAAGGGAGGGGAGUUAUACAGGGGAAAAGGAAGGUGUACAGAAAGACGGCAAGCAGGUCAGCAGUGAAAGAGAGUGGGGAAAGUCUGUGGGCACGGUGACUAACUUACCUUUCUAUUUUUUCUAUUUUCUCCUCCCAUGAGGAUCAAGCAACAAGUGAAUUCACAACGGAUAAAUCAGUGUCAGUGACUUGCCACUCUGUGGAUUCCUUGAGGUUGACAGCUGAUGGAAACUAUGUCCAGUUUUAUGUAUUACCUCUUUCCAGCCGUAGGGGGGUACACUUUAGCGUCCCUCUACCUGCUGAAGAACCCACACAUCCUGCACAAGAAGAAGCAGACUGCCUUCCACUGCACACACAUCUCGCACAGAGGAGGUUCUGGAGAAAGAAUUGAAAGCACCAUAGAGGCUUUUACACAUGCAGUGGAAGUGGGUACAGAGAUGCUCGAGCUGGACUGCCAUUAUACUCGAGAUGGUUACGUGGUUGUAUCGCAUGACGAGAACCUUCUGCGGCAGACCGGGCUAGACGCCAACAUCUCUGAUCUAAACCUAGAGGAGCUACCGCUGUAUAAGGAACGACUGGAGGUCACAUUUUACACAGGUCACUAUGGCACUGGCUCAGACAGAAAGUUUGCCCUGUUAGAAGACGUCUUCAAGAAGUUUCCUAGGAUGCCUGUGAACAUUGAGGUGAAAGAAAAAAACCUCGAGCUGAUUGAAAAGGUAUCUGCUCUUGUGAAGAAGUAUCAUCGGGAGGACAUCACAGUUUGGGCCUCUGUGGACUCGUCUAUCAUGAAGGACUGCCGUAAAGUGAACUCCACAAUGCCUUACAUGUUCACAUAUAUGCGUGGCCUCCAGCUGCUUCUGCUUUACUACACAGGCCUUCUGCCUUUUAUUGCAUUAGGAGAAAGCUUCCUGCAGUACUACCUGCCCCAAGUCAUCAACACGACUUACAUCCCCGAGCCUGGCAUUCUGAGGAACACAUGGGUCAUCUCACUAAUCCAAAAGCUGACUUUGAGGAAAGGUUUGUUUCAGCAUCUUAAAGACAGAGGAAUUCAGAUCCAUCUGUUUGUUUGUAAUGAAGAACGCCAUAUUAAGGCCGCUUUUGCAGCAGGAGCAACCGGAGUCAUGACUGAUUAUCCUACUCUGUUAUCAGACUACAUUAGGAGGCACAGACCGGUCACAUGAAUAAUAAAUUGAAUGCAAUGUAUAAUAAUAAUAAUAAUCAUAAUAAUAAUAAUAAUAAUAAUAAUCAUAGACACAGAACAGAACUGAUUCUAUUAAAUGACUGUAAGCCAAUUAUAAUAAUACAUAAUGUAUAAUUUUAGAACUACAACAAUGGAAUUGUUCAUAUCAAACAACAAAUCAAACCCUGUUUCUGGAUUAUUAAAUUAUUAGAGAGUGUAUUUUUUUUGCUAAAGAUUUCAUCAUUUUUGUGAGUACAUUGGGUUCUGGGGAAUAUUAUUGGAACAUUUAUUUAAACAAAUCACAAAAGCACUUCACAUAAUUUUUAAUAAACUCAACAUACUGUUCUGCAAAAAGGCAUUCAGUUACAUCAUACUUUUACAGGAGAAAAACACUGACUUUAACAACAAUCAAAAUAUGUCUUCUAUUGUAAUUUUUUUUCUCCAUAAAACACUAAUCAGGGACACUAGAUCUAAUUACAUUACAUGUGGUACAUUUUGUGUAAUAAGGUUAUAUUGUAUCGUUAUUGUCAAAUAAAUAGAUUUAUACCACA